AAUCGCAGAAUGGACUUCUGGAUUCUGGCACUCAGAAUUAUUUACUUUUCACAAACCACAAUUGGAAUUCUGGGAAAUUUCUCCCUUAUAAUCUACUAUCUGGUCCUUUACGGCAGAGAAUGUAUGCUCAAGCCCACAGAUUUGAUACUGCUGAAUUUAAUGGCAGCCAAUUCCUUGGUCAUUCUCUCGACAGGAGUGCCUCAAACAAUGGCAGUUUUUGGGUGGAAGGAGAUCUUGGAUAAUUUUGGUUGCAGGCUCCUAGCAUACACGCAAGGAUUUGGGCGGAGUGUGUCCAUUGGCAUCACCUGCCUCUUGAGUGUCUUCCAGGCCAUGACAAUCAGUCACAAGGUAUCCUGCUGUAAAGGACAAAAAGCAAAAGGUGCAAAGUACGUUGGCUGCUCCAUUUUCCUCCUCUGUGUCUUCUACACCUUGAUAAAUUUGGUUCUCUUUCUGCACACAUUUUUCAAAGUUAAUAGCAAAAACAUAACAAGAAAACUAGAUUUGGGAUACUGCUCUAUUGUGGGGAGUGAUGGAAUCACUGAUUCGAUCUAUGCAACAUUUGUAGUUUGUCCUGAAGUCUUCUUUUCUUUCCUCAUAGCCUGGUCCAGUGGCUUCAUGAUCGACAUUCUGUACAGACACAAGCAGAGGGUUCAACACAUCCGCAGCACCCAUGGUUCCAGAAGAACCUCCCCUGAAACCAGAGCCACCCAAAGCAUCCUGAUCCUGGUGUCUGCCUUUCUGGCUUUCUGUACUGUCUCCUCCAUCUUACGGGGCUGCGUUAGUUUUUUGCGUGAUCAUAAUUGGUUAUUGGUGACCCUCAAUCGCAUUAUAUCUAUGUGUUUUCCUUCUUUAGGACCCUUUGUUCUCAUUAAUCAUUGCUCCAUUGUGUCCACGAUUACUUUGAUCUGGAUCAGGAGUAAAAAUAAUUUCAUCUUAUUUUCACUACAUAAAUGA